GUUCAUUCGAGGGUCAAAUUUUAAACAAAGAUUAAAAGAAAGGACUCUUAUCAAGAAGAAACUUGAAAGGACACAGACAAUGUAAAUUCUUAGGUUUCUUGAAUAAAAAUGACUGAACUCAUCAACAAGAAAGUUGGGAGCCCAAAUUGCUUGCCAUCAACCAACAAGAGGAGGAAAUUGCAUCCUAAUCUAGAGAUGGAGAGAUUGCCAAAGCUGACAUCUUCCAGGAAGGAAGCUAGCAUUCUCAGACAUUCUGUGAUCUAUGAUAGUCGUAUGAACUCUCAAAGAAGCGAUUAUUUCGAUUCGAACAAACUGUAUGCCAGGAAAUUGCACAAGUCUAAAACCAGAGGCGUCACCAUAUUUCCAUUAAUGUCGAGAAUAGGAAAUCAUGGAAGAACUUAUCCAAGUCGCGGGAGAUCCUCAGAGCAAUGAAUCAGUAUGAAGAUGAGGUGUCUUUCUCAGAUUUUAUGCAGAACAAGUCUUUUGAUAAAUAUUCGAAUGCUUCCUCAUCUUCAUUUACUGAUAAGUAUAAUUUCUCAGUCUAAAACCAGCUGGAGAAGUGGUCUGAUAAGAGGGGCAGAGCGAGGAAGUACGCAGAUGUCAAUGCUGAGAUGAUUUUUAACAAAGUCAAGCACCAGAUCGCUAUCGCUCAUAGCUACUCUGGAGAUCAAGAACAUAUAAAAAUUGAUAUUUGUAGUCAAGGAAGAGAAGGCUUAAGACAAAAGCCAUCAGGAC